GAGUCGCUGUCUCGACAUAAUAUGCACUCUAAGGUUCACCGCCUACCUUCUUCUGGUUCUUAUGGAAAAAUUCUCUUCCGGAGCCAUCACGUGACAAUACUACGCCUGACCUCGGUACGCCAUUGGCAAUCCAACAUAUCUAUCUUUAACGUCAAGGACUUGAGAAGACGGGAAGAUUUGAUGGGGCAGUUCUGAUUUUCAGGUUAUGUGGAAAAUAGGAAUGUCGGAGGAGAUCGGGAAGGCACUGCAAGCAGUGGUGGACCGCGUGAAGCAGGCGGCUGCCCGUAGACCACAGAUGUUGCAGAAUGUGACUCCACGUUUGGUGGCAGUCAGUAAGACAAAGCCACCAGAGAUGGUUGUGGAGGCAUAUCAACAGGGACAACGCAACUUUGGAGAAAACUAUGUCAGUGAACUUGUGGAUAAAUCUUCAAAUCCUCAGAUUUUGUCAUUGUGUCCAGAAAUCAAAUGGCAUUUCAUUGGGCACCUACAGAAGAAUAAUGUCAACAAACUAUUGGGUGUGCCUAACUUAUUCAUGGUGGAGACGAUAGACUCAGUUAAGCUGGCAGACAAGGUCAAUGGCUCCUGGCAAAAGCUGCGGGCAGCCAACUCCCAGAGAUUAAAGAUCAUGGUGCAGAUCAACACCAGUGGAGAGGAAAUUGGAAGUUUAAAGCCUCUUUUCCCAAUGUGCUGGACGACGAGAACACAAGCAAUUAAAUCACUGUUGGACAAUUAUCAAGCAGUGUACGACACUCUGGAGGAGGUAAUUAACAUGGGUGGCAAGGCAGAGGCUUCAAGGAGAGCACCUGGAUUGCGUGCUAAAAUGUCUCAUUUUGACAUAUUUUUUGGCUUACACCUCACGGGUCCUACAAUUAAAAGACAUUACAUCAGAAGCAGUCCAUGCGUCUGUGCAAAUGCUGCAGACACAUCUAAACGGCUUGAGGGAGGUGGAGGUAUUCUCCCAAUUGUAUGAGCAGGUCCAAAAGCUAGCUCCUGUCUUGUUGAGCCACCCGUUGUACUCCACCAGCAAAGAGCACCAGUGCGCUAUGAUGAAGGAGGCCAGCUUCAUCCAUGGACCAAAGCCGAAGACUUCUUUCAAUUCCAGUUCUUUGCCGUUGUUGUCCUGGUGAAUGCUGAGCUCUCACACGGAUUUGAGCAGCCCACACUGUCACUGCUGAUAAACAUUGAACAGUUGCUCAUUACAGCCUUUAAUAACCUCCCCAACAUCUGCAGUAUCCCCUCAAAGUAUGGUGAUGACAUUGAUAUGGGAAGAUUGUCCACAGAGUUGGGAUUGCUGACGUCAUUGGUAUCUGUCCAUACCAGCUGCUCCCAGCACAAAAUCACCACGGUCACAAAAGUCACUACAGUCAGACAUUAUGGGCCAACAUGUUCAAAUACACACCUUGCUCUCUGAGGUGCACAGGCUGGUCCAGCUCUAUCUGACGAUGCUCAUGUCAAAUCUGACGGCUGAGAGGAGCUUUUGCUAUCUCUGUUGUAUCAAGAACUUCUUGUUGUCCACGAUGACUGAGAAGCUUCUCAACCAUCUGAUGUUCCUAAACAUCCACAAGGAACUGACAGAUAAACUUGAUCUUGGGGCCGUUUUUGGGAAAAUGAUGUAGCCUGUUAGGCCAUCGCACACAUGUUGCCAAACUUUUAUUUAAUAAAUUCAGCAGCAGUUGAUAGGCUAGGUGUCACACGCUGUGACUACCCUGGAAGGGACAGAAGAGCUGGACACAGGGAGAUGCGGAAAUUCCGGAUUUCUACAGCGUUUUAUUCCGACCGAGAGAGAGAGCAAUCGGCAAACACAAACGAAAAACCUUUGCCCGUCACCCUCACGGGAUCUGCGCAAAAACAGUCAUCUAAAACAAAGACAAAAUAAAUGAAAUUAUACGCGUCGCUUUUCAGCUGCAUGCAUCGUUCUCAGACUCUCUCUCUCCGUCGUAGGGGAUCCCCGGUCUCAGACACCUACUGUGGAAAGAAGCACACUUUUAAAUCCUGGAUUGAUUCGUAAUAUCAUCCAGGUGUGUGCCUACUGUAGGAAUUUCUUUACAAAAAUGAUGGUGUUGAAGAUAAAGAUAACAAACGACAAAGUCAGGAGGUCCUUUAUAUAAUUUAAUAAUACGACUGGUCGGGAAGAGGUACAAGUACAGUCUUCAAAGAUAUUAAGUCUACUACAUGGAUUUAUAUAGUUUUUACAGACAAAGAGCUGUUGAUCUAGCCUAUGAGAUUCCUUCAGUCGUCAUAUGGAAAACUUCCAAUUAUAGUCAAGUGUAUGUUAGGGAGUCCACUUUAAAACUGGGGCUAAUGGGGGCUAAUUACACACAAAUAGAGGUCCAUUAAUCACUUAAUGCACUUGAUUACUGCAGCUGGUGUCUAUACCCUCUUGCAUACAUUCCAAUCGAUAAUUAAGAGAGGUGAAACAGUGUGCAAUUAGAUACAUUGGCUAUUAAGUUUAAACAUCCAGCACUUAGUGAACUAUAUUUAUCAAGUCAUUACAUUUUUUAUAUAAUUGCUUAUAUAAUGCUUCAUGUAAGUCAAAUUUUUAACAUGAUCCUUCAUUCCCUCAUUUUUUAAUUUUUUAAAGAAAGUUUUUAAUGCAAUAACUACUUCAGGAAAACGGGAAUAAGUGAAGGGGAGUUGGGGUAGGGUUGGUUUAUCUUCACCAAGUGCCUCACAGGUUUGAUCAGUAUCUCCAUGAAUGUAAACAUCCACAAAGAUACCCCCGUCAGUUCCUCGGCAGGGAAAUGGUUUGUUUUCCUUCAGUAAUCUCUGUCUUAGAGGUGUAUUGAGGGAUCUCUAAACAUACAAACACUUACACAGCAAAUAGGAUUAUUAGAGUCAGACUCAUCAAACUUUAAAUUCAUCCUUACAGAAUAUUACAAAUUAUGCAUAUACAGCUUCACGUAUAUCAAUCUUAUAUUUGCAAUCAUUCUUCUAAAGUCCUGUUCGCACGGGACUAGUAUUACCUGGGGACAUCUAGUAACUUGUAAUAAUUGUGGAGGUCGUCUGUGAUCUUAAUCCCGUGCGAAUCUGCCAUGUCCAUAAUUUGUAAAGUAAAAAUUCCAUCGCAAAUGAUCUACCAUAUUUCGCCAAACACAGAGGUCAUGUGAUAAUAUUAGUCCCGUGCGAAUCGGCAUCUUGGUGAUUUGAGGUCGUAUUUUACUGUUACGCAGAGCAGAGCCUUGACAAUCAUAUCCAGGGGGAUAAUGUCAGUAAAUUAGAGUAAAAUACAGACUUUGCUUAUCCCGUGUGAAUGUGCUGCACAAAACACAGAUGUGGGGGGGUCAUUUCUAAAUCACAUGAGGUCCCCAGGUAAUACUAGUCCCGUGUGAAUAGGGCUUAAGUUUGUAAUACGUAUAAAAAGCUAUAAUCAGAGUAACAAUAGAAAGUGCCCAAACAAUUUGGGAAAACAUUACCAGGAUUUGUCCAAAUGGAAUUGUAGUCCCAGCAAUAACUUGACCUGUUUGGAACACUUUAUAGCAGUGAAUCGUUUCUGGGCUUCCUUUAUAUGACCCUUUAGCUAGUAAUACUUUUUCAGCUUUUAGGAUUUCCACCUUAGCUUUAGCUAUUUCGAGUCCAGUUGCCGUUACAUGGGCCCUAAUGCCAUCACUUAAAUUUCCCAAUAAUUUGUUCAUUUCAUAAUCUGUGCUCACUGACUAAUUAUGUGGCUCUAAGUGAAUAUUAGGAAUAUGCAGGGUCUGUAAAAGAACUUGUCCCAUAUAGGUCAAAGAACGAGGGUUUGGGGUAACACAAACAGGACCCUUAGAACAAUGAUUAUCAUUAGUAAUCACUUCACCUGUCCCGCACCACUGAGUGUGUGAUAUCUAAACGGGAAUAUUUGGGAGAGUUUUGGUCACUUCAAAACCAGUGGAAAAAUCAGAAAUGUUAAUUUUAGAGACAUAAGCACCAUUACAAAAUACAUUUAAGCCUACUUGUUGACAGUGUUUUCUAUUGAACAAAUUAUCCUCUUUAUCUAUAUAAACUUCUAUAAGCCAUCUACACCAGUGUUGAUAAUGAUCCCCACAGGGAAAUGGGAGAGCAGUUACACGGCGCACAGCAUAUCCAGGGCCUCGGACCAAAGGAAAUGUAACAACACCCCUUAGAGUUUUCUGUGAGUCAACACAGACCCCUGAUACCGGCAGAACAUUGCCUACAAUGUGCCCUGGAGCCAGAAGUGUUAUUGCAGCUAGAAGCUGGUCUGUUAUUUCCGAUGGAAUAUACCCAUCCUUCAGAUCUGAUGGUGCUCCACUCUGCUACAGUGGCUUGUCCUACUUGGUAACACUGCUGCUCUUGGUCCGCCCUCGCCACCAUCCUGCUAAAUGCAAAUCUGAAAAUAUCAACACUUCUGCUGAUAACUUUUACAUUAUCACCAAGUACGCCCAGGCUGUAUCAUGCUGCAUUAGCCAAACUUGAGGCACCAUUAGCAUUACCGUCAGCCGCUUGAUUCACCCACUCACCGGCAGUUACAAGUUCACUUUCCACCCAAUUGUGGUUGUAAUUGGAUAUAGCUUGGGCAAAUGUGUUAUAGGUUCCAAGACCUACACCUAACCAACCCUCAGCUGAUCUUCUGUCCCGCCCUUGGGGGCAGGAAGGAAGAUGGGCAAGCACUUUUUCAUACAUGUGUGAAGGAAAUACUUCACACAUGUUUAACCAAGGUGAAAGAUCCAUAUCCAAUUUUGCCUCAAACACAUGUAAUACACUAAGGGGGUACAUAGUAUACCAUCAAGAGUGUUUGACUAAACCAGGAGCUCCAAUAGGUUUAACUUCUGGACAAAACUCAAUCCAAUCAGAAUUGGUAGUAUUAACAGAAGUAUUACGAUGUUCAUUAAUAUCCUUAGGUAUUAUCCCAGGAGGUCCUAUCAUAUAACAUUUCCUUGGUGAUUGACCAUAGUAGACAUGAUACAAUAUUGUUUCCCACUCCCACUGGGUUUGCCUCCCAUCUGGAGCCCCUUAUCAGAAGAUCAGCUAUAGAUGACCCAAGGAGACAGCCUUCCAACGGUACUGUGUACGAAUCCCAGGUAGAAUUAUCUGGUCCUACAAAAAGGUAAAUAGGAUCUCUUUUUGCUAUAGGGACUACCACAGGAUAUCUAGCUCCCUUAAUUACCACACCAUAUGUGAGUGCUGCAUCACUACCAUUAUAAUCAUAACGCCACUCCUUCAGUGUAGGGUCACAGUAUGUUGAGAGGAGUUUUCUAGGGAAUAUUUCUGUAGGAACAUAAUGUGGUUUAUUUAAUCUACACUUUAUUUCAUCUUCUAUUAGUGACAUACCUACUCGACUUUGACUAUUACUCUGACCUCUGCUAUUCCUCUGUAACAAAUAGUUUGUCUGUAUUUUUUGUUAGUAUUGUUACCGACACAUCACUUUGAUCAUAUAUCUUUAAUGGGUUUGAUAUUGUCAAAUUUUGAUGCUCCAAUGUUCUGUUAGUUUGUGUUAGUUUAAUAAUCAUUCCCAACAGGAGGAUGGUUCCCAGUCCUCCUAAUAGUUUCAUUUUCUUGGCUUUCGAACUUUGCAAACUUGCGGUCUUAAUUAUUAGGGGUUUCCGUCCUUUUGCGAAGAAAGAAAGUCAAGGCGCUCCACACAAUUUUUGUGGUACGUAUCAAAACUUCAGUUGGAGAUAGUGGGGCCCGUGCUUCUCCGCUGAGAUGCAGAUACUGUAAUCGCUCUGUGUUCCCAAAAGGGUACAAUGGCAUUAGAAUUCACUCAAAUAGCCAAUUAUGCACGCAAUCAUGAAUAGAAAAAGUAGUAAAAGGAAAUAACCGUGCAAAAACAAAACAAAAGUCAUGUAUAUGCUUAAAAAAGGGUAUUUAUUGUUUUAGAGAAGGCCCCUUGAAAAAUCAUUUUUAAAUUUGGUUUCGUAUAAAAAAUUUAAAAAAACAUCUAAAUUUCCUCCCCGCUGCCCUGACCAGACAAAGUGUCAAUUUUAAGUUCGUCUGGAAGCAGAGGAUCGGAUGCUGUGCACGCAGGGUGUGCAGGUGGAACUAACUUGAUCUGACUUGUGGAUCCACAAUCUUAUGCCUUGUAGUCUUACUGCUGAUGGGACCACUAAUAAGACUAAGUAUGGUCCGGACCAAAUUGGUUUGAAAGGUCCUUUCUUAACCAUUCGUUUUACAUAAACUUGAUCUCCAAUGUUGACGUCAGGGCCCGUUGCAGCUGGAGCCUGGAGGUCGUCAUCACAAUUGGAUCUGGGGAGAGAUUGCGAGAGCGUCUUGCAAUACAAUAAUGAUCUAUCACCCAUAACAUGCAAUUCUCCACCUGUCAAGCACAGAUCUCUAGGUGUUCUCAUUAGCCGACCUGUCAACAUUUCAAAAGGAGAUAAGCUAGAAGUUCGAUUGCACAUCGCUCUCAUUGACAUUAAUACAGACGGAAGGUUAUCUACCCAAGACAUCCCCGGUGACACGAAAAUAGCCUUUGUAAUUUUGUUUUUAAUCGAGCGAUUGCAACGUUCUACCAGGCCACUGCUCUUGAGGUGCCAUGGGCAAUGCAAGCGUUGUCUGAUGCCUAAUGCUUUCAAUACAGUUUUGAAGAUUUUGCCACUGAAAUGGGUACCUUGAUCUGAGUCUAUAGAACAUGGUAGACUAAAUCUCGGUAUUAUCUCAGUUAAUAUAAUUUUUGCAACUGUCUUUGCAUCGUUAGUCGCUGUAGGAAAUGCCUCCGCCCAUUUAGUAAAAUGAUCAAUUACUACUAGCAAAUAGCUUUUCCCUUGUGAUCUUGGAAAAGGACCGCAGAAAUCCAACUGAAUCUUAGUAAAUGGGACAUGAGCUUUUAGUUGUUGUCACAAAGGGACCUUCAAUAUAGGGCCAGUAUUACAAGGUAAACAACACAUUGUUUUACAUGGUCAUUAAUGUUGCCUCUUAGCUUUGGAUGCCACCAGGUCUUAUUCAUUUUCUCUAAGGUUCGGCAUGAUCCAUCAUGGGCUAAACUAUAGUACUGUUGGAUCAUAGUGCCCAUAAGCAUAGUAGGCAGGGCAUACUGGUUCUCUUGGCCGCGCCAUAUGUCCUCAUCGUCCAUUUUUCCCUCAUUUUCCAUCCACUUCCAUUUCUCCAACCUUGAAGCAGAGCGAUGGAUGUUUUUAAGAUCUUCCAGAGACUUAAGACUCUGGGUUGUCUGGGAUAAUUGCUCAUUUAUGACUGCUAUUUUACAAAUAUCAACUUCUCCAUUGAGAGCAACUUCUCUAGCUAGGUUGUCUGCAUGCACAUUUUCAAUACUAUGCUCAUCCUGAUUCUUGUUGUGAGCUUUCACUUUAAGAACUGCAACUUCCUUUGGUUGUUGAAUAGCAGUGUGCAGGUCCAAAACGACCUGCCCGUGACGUAUAAGUGACCCUUCACUCGUAAGAAAACCUCUAGACACCCAUAGACUAAGAUAGUCAUGAACCACUCCAAAAGCAUAUCUAGAGUCUGUAUAUAUAUUCAGUUUAUAACCUACAGCAGCAUUGCAAGCUGCCGUUAAUGCUCUGAGUUCAGCAACCUGUGCUGAUGCUCCAGGGAGCGAACCACACUUUACUAGGCGACCAUCUGCCAUGCAAACUGCCUAUCCAGUAUGACGGUGACCAUUGACAUAAUAGGAUGAUCCAUCUACAUAGAGAUUCAAGGCACCUGCAAUGGGGGUCCCUCUAACCCCAGACUGUGAGAGGGAUAUUUCUACAAUGUCACAUUCAUGAGGAUCACCCUCCUCUGACGUGGCAUCAGGAAUGCUGGAUUAAGACUAUUAACUCUCUUCAGCGUAACUGAUGGGAGUGUGGGGUGUGUCUCCCAGCGAGUCCACCUUGAGACAUGAACUGCAGAUGAUUUUGGGCCUGAGAGGAUUAUCAUUACAUCAUGGGGUACGUGUAUAGUCACAUCCAUUACUCCUAAAAUUCCUUCACUUCACUUUAAAGCUAGCAACGCAGCUUCAACAGCACACAAACAGGCUGUCAUUGCUGCCGCUACAGAAUCGAGUCUGCUUGAAUAAUAAGCCACUGGUCGAUGCUUGCCUCCACGUUCUUGAGCUAGCACUGCUGACAUAUGCUCAUCACUCUCAGGAACAUAUAAAUGAAAUGGCAAAUCUGGGUUAGGGAGACCUAAAGCUGGGGCUGAACACAAAGCCUCCUUCAGUUUUGUGAACGCUUGUUCACAGUCUUCUCCUCAGUACAUCUUAUCAUUAGCUCGUAAAGAGCCUUUUAACAAUUCUGUGGUAGGUUGUGAAAUUUGGCUAAAAUUUGGGAUAUGUGCUCGACUAUAAUUAAAAAGUCCUAAAACUUUUCUAACACCUCUUCAUGUAUUGGGAUGUACACAUUCUCUGAUGCUGUAAGCUGAUGUUGGCCUUGAGAUAGCUCAUGGCCUAAAUAGCUGACAACCCUUUUACAAAUUUGGGCUUUGGUGGGAUUCCACUUCAAUCCACUCUCUGCCAAAUGCUGCAGAAUCACCUCCAUGUCCUCUUGGUGUGUCUUCUCAUCUGAGGAUGAGAUCAGUAAAUCAUCAGCAUAUUGUAUUAAGUGUGAUUUUAAUUUAGGCAAUCCUCUUAAUAUUUUAGCUAAAGCUAAAUGAAAUAAUGUUGGGGAAUUAUGAAAACCCUGAGCUAACUGAGUUAAAGUCAAGCAACGAUUCUGAAAAACAAAUGUAAACCAAACCUGUGAAUCAGAAUGUACGGGAACUGAGAAAAAUCCUCGACAGAUAUCCAAAACAGAAAUAUUUGUGUUCCUUUGGUAUUUGGUAUUUGGUAUUGUCAACACAGUACUAGGAUCAGCCUCUAGGGGAGCUAACUUAGUUGCACACUUGUUAACCUCUCGAUAAUCAAUAACCAAUCUGUAUGACCCAUCUGGUUUACGCACAGGAAGUUGGGGUGAUGAACAGGGAGAAGUAGUUUCUUUCACAAUGCCACAUUCUUCCAAAAUAUCAAUGGUUUUCUUUAUGGCUUCUUCUGCUUCUGGUUUAAUAGGAUAUUGGGCCUUGGGAGGAGGGAGUACACCUGUUAUACAUACAAGCUCCAUAUCAAUCAGGCCACAGUCCAGCUUAUCCAUUGCCCAUUCACUGUCAGGGCCAGGGAGUCCCCGACAGGGAUAAAUCUGAAUAGAGGAGGAAUUGCAUUCAAGCAACAAACAAGCUUUGUCUUCUCCAUUUGUUACAGAUAGUGAUGCUUCAUUUUCAAACACAAGAUGGGCUUUUUUCUGUUUGAGAAUAUCCAUUCCCAAAAUAGCCCCUUCAGUACUAUCUGGGCUAUAAUAGAAUUGAGCCACAAAGAAAAAAUCACCGGUUUCUAGUAAAGUAGGUUUUGUUUUAAUUGUUCUAGUGGUUGCACCGCCAAGUCCUUGUAACAUAAUCUGUUGUUUAGUAAGAGGUGAAUUAGCAAUGUUAGUUACACUAACUGAAGCUCCAGUAUCUACAAGAGCUCUGCACGCCUCCCCCCCCAAUUUUAGCCUGUUGAUAUGGUCGCUUAGCUCCCCCUAGGGGGGCUAUGGGGGCCGAAAAAUCCUAUGUAUUGAAGUUCUCCAAAAGACGAAUAAGCUCAUCUUUCGACAUCUCAGUCAGUUUCCCCUUCGGAAUGGUUUUUAUAUUAGGGUUCUCCUCCUUGUUUGAGGGACACUCCUUCCACCAAUGAUUCUCACUCCCAUAUCCAAAGCAACGCCCCUUGCCCCUACUCUUACAGUAGGUUCUUGUGUGUCCUCUACGACCACAGUUUCCACAGGCUAUAUUAGGUUUGGACUGACCUACCACAUUUGGCUUUCUGUCAGACUGGAUGGGGAGCAUUGGAGCGGUAGGAGUCAGAGCUUUAGUACGCUGAUGGGUCUGAUGUUUUUUAUGUUCUCUCGACUCAUCCUCUUUUUCCACAUUACUAGCCCAUGAAAGGAAUUGUGAAUAAGUUGUCAGUAGAGUCUGUGUGGCAUGCAAAGAUCUAAUCAAACUUUGUGAGGUAACGCCAGUAAGCAACAUAUCCAAAAAGGCUCUGUCAUCAUCAGCGGGAUUGGGGACACCCCCAUGCUCUCUGUAGAGCUUGAAUUGUCGUUAAAGUUCGCCAUAUUGGAUUUUCCACAAUUUUGAAUUUUUCUAAAAACCUACUUUUGCGAACUAGUCCUAGACCAUUGAUCCUGUCACUACCAAAUUUGGUACUUAUCAUCUACAGACGAUUCUGACCAAAAGUUAUUCACAGAAUUUUUCUAGGGCAAACAAUUUGGCCACUAUGAACCAAUGGAUAUUGUGGAGGGUGUGGCUUUUAAUAUAAAGGUGUAUACAUUCUGAACGGUUUGACCUAACACCACAACACUUCAUAGACAUAUCAGCACACAUAAGUGGAGGCUAACCCUCCAUUUUUGGCCCGAUCAAACAAAAUGGUGGCGCUAGAGAGCUCAUUUCCUGUUUAGGCAUAACCUGUUUAGGGACAGGGAGCAAAUAUGAUGCCAAUUGGCCAUAAGGUGGCGCUAUCAUGAGCUAAUAGGUGUGGUUUUUGGAUAACUUUGAACAAACAUAUCUCCUGCCCCAUUUGAGCUACAGUUGUUGGACAUGUUGGACAUAUGUGCAAAAUAUCUCUGCAAUGCUUUUGCUCAUUGGUAUAAAACUCGGUACACAUGCUUACCAUGAGGCCUGGGUGGUGCACACCAAGUUUAGUGAAGUUUUGUCACUUUGGGGUGCCAUACUGAAAAACAGGUUUAAACACCAAUGUGUCCAUGUGCUUAGAUUUUAAUGACAUUUUGUUCCAAUGGACAUCACAAGCCACAGACCACACAAAGAAAAGCAGAUAUUGCGACCAAUGUUUUGUAGAUCAUUACAUCAUUACAUGUCAGGUCCUAACUGAGAAAUCAACACAUAGUUCAAUGUCCAAAUGGCAUGGCUACUAAGAUACAGUCAGUUUGUAGCACUUAAAAUAGACACAUCUCCUGCACCUUACUCUUGGACUUACCACAUUAGCCUGAAUAUAAGACUGCAUUCCUAAAGUCUUACAUGGGAGGACUAGACUUUUUAAUGUAAUUAUACAUUAACAUCAGCAGAUGGCGCCAUUUAUCUAUAAAAUGGUUGCUUUUCACAAGGAGCUGGUUCACUGGUAUUAGAAAUCCCAGUUGACUAGUUUAUUUUUAUUUAAUUGAAAUAACUUAUUCAUUCGAAAACAUGAUUACAUUUUAUUUUCUUUUAAAUGUGACAAUUUCAUUUAAAACGUGGAAAAUAUAUCAGCAUACCUUAUUUUAUUCAGUGAGUUUUAUUAAAUUCAUGUCAAAUGAAAUUAUUUUCUUUAAAAAUUAAGAUUUGAUCUUCAAAGAGUCUCUUACCAAAAAAGGUGUUGAAAAAUAGGGAGUCCUUUUCUGAUCAGGGACAUAUUAGUAUAAAUAGGGGGUCCUUUUCUAAUCAGGGACAUGUUAUUAUAUUCAGCUAAUAUGGUAUGUUCUCUGCCAUUAUUUCCAUGAUUUUGGAUUUUCUCAAAUACCCAAAAAUUGCACUCCUCCUACAGCGUUGGCACUUCUUAUUGCAAUGUUCCAAGAAGCCACACUGCAUUUUAUGGCACUGCUUUGUUUAAGCUUGACAUCUAUGUAGUGGGGGGCAGUACGGUGGUGCAAAUGGGUAGCACUACUGCCUAACAAUAUGGAGGUUUCAAGUACAGGGUGUGUCUGCUUUCAGUUUGUACCUUGUCCCUGUGUUCAUGCGGGUUUCCUCUGGGUAUUCUGGUUUUCUACCACAGUCCAAACACAUUCAGGUUGUCAAUUGGACAUGCUAUGUUGCCCGUAAGUGUAAGAGUGUGUCAAUUUGUCUGUUCACCCUGUGAUGGACUGGUGUGUUGUUCAGGGGUUGUUCUGAUUACUUGGCUACCUGGUGCCCCUGUAGUUCAUGGCCCCUUCAUUGCUGCUUGCAGCUAUAUUUAUUAUUAUUAUUAUUAUUAUUAUUAUUAUUAUUAUAUAAAUGUAAAUAAUAAUAGCAGCCACACCUCCCGAUGCGGUCUUAGGCCACCGGCCCGCAACAGGACUCUACCUAUGGACUUAUCUACCUUAAUAAAACAGCAGCCACACCUCCCGAUGUGGUCCUACGCCACCGCCUAUAGGACUUUAUAUCACAACACGCAUGCGCAUAUUAUUUAGUCGUGCUUCAAUAUCAACAAACCAUCAAAUAUACACAACUGUAUCUAUAAAAAAGGGUUAUUGGGUCACUCUAAUCUUAACAACAGAAUAACAACAACAGGAAUUUCCAUAACCUAAUGAGGGUGGUAUUUUAAAUUUACUCACCUCUCUUUGGAGUCCUCAGGUUCUGUAGUCGAAAUGAGAGAUUAUUUUCAAUCCCACCGAUGCCACCAAUGUAACUGUAGGAAUUUCUUAACAAAAAAAUGAUGGUGUUGAAGAUAAAGAUAACAAACGACAAAGUCAGGAGCUCCUUUAUAUAAUUUAAUAAUAUGACUGGUCGGGAAGAGCUCCAAGUACAGUCUUCAAAGAUAUUAAGUCUACUACAUGGGUUUAUAUAGUUUUUACAGACAAAGAGCUGUUGAUCUAGCCUAUGAGAUUCCUUCAGUCGUCAUGUGGAAAACUUCCAAUUAUAGUCAAGUGUAUGUUAGGGAGUCCAUUCUAAAACCAUUCUGGCCAUGGGGGCUAAUUACACAUAAAUAGAGGUCCAUUAAUCCCUUAAUGCACUUGAUUACUGCAGCUGGUGUCUAUACCCUCUUGCAUACAUUCCAAUCGAUACAUUGAGAGGUGAAACAGUGUACAAUUAGAUACAUUGGCUAUUAAGUGUAAACAUCCAGCACUUAGUGAACUAUACUUAUCAAGUCAUUACAUUUUUUUUAUAUAAUGCUUCAUGUAAGUCAAAUUUUUAACAUGAUCCUUCGCUACUUAACCGUGGUCCUCUAAUUGCCCUGAAUUCCUCCCACAAACCGAGCCCUGCCACACUAGGCUACUUGACACUUAACUUUAAGUAAUUGUCUUUAAAAUACUCAGUUUGACACUAUACUACUUACAUAUUGUUGAGGAUUUUUUUUUUUCUGGUGCUAAUGGUUGUUUUUUUUCAAAUUUAGUUCAAUUUACCAGCUUCAUCUCAUGCAUUAUUUUUCCUCAUCCUUCACCCACUAACCAGUGGAACAGUUUAAAUGACAUAAUCAUGCGGUGAUCUCCUGCCGAGAAAAUGUUACGUUACAGUCCGGCAACACAAAGCGGAUAGCUCUUGAUCAACAAAUGUAAAAAUCAAUUAAUUAUUAGCCUACAAGCAUUAAAAAGCAGUCCAUUAGAUGCUGAACCACAUCAGUGUAAACAAUGAUUAAGAAUAGUGUAGGCUAGUGUAUGCCUGAGUAUUUCCAUUUAUAGGGAUGUGAAGCGUAUCAGCUAGAAUUCUGUUGCGCUUAGAGAGCUCACCUGCAAUUUGCUCCACAAGGAGCAGAUUUAGCCCAACAAAGAUAUCCAGUUUCCUCGUAAAGUCAAUGACAAACACUUACAUGCAUAAAACUGAAAGCAAUUGGCUUACAACUUAACCCAGCUCUUUGACUGCAUGAUAUAACGUAACCAAAAUAAAGUUUUCAGUAUGCUCUUCGCAACUGAUUCUGUAACGGUAACUACGCAUUCCCUAGAAAUUGUCCCACACUGCUAAAUAUUGUGCUCUUUUAAUAAAAUAGCUGAUAGAUUAUAUUACCAUCAAUCCUUUGUUGGUUGCAAACAAUUUCACAACUUCACCUAACCUGCACAAUUUUAUUUUUAAAUGCAAACAAAAUGUUGCGCAAACAUCUGUGAAAAGCCUAACAACGGUGUAUGCUAUGUAGAGAUUUACCUACUACAAAAGACAGUAGGUGACUUAUUUCUGAGCAGCUUUUCACUGAACCAGUUUGAGAAUGAGCUUGCACUCUCGUCACUAAAGACAAUAAAUUAUCAAAAUAUAAGCAACUGGCAUAUGCCUAUGGGAUUUUUUAGUAUUUGCACUGUAGGCAUUGCAAGUACUAUUUAAGUCAUCAAAUAAAUUAUAAGGAAUUGCUUGUGUACUACUGUGCUGGAGCGGAAGCCCGUCAGACCGGUCUUUCAUUUGUUUCCUUCAAUUCAUUCAAAGUUCGAAUGACUCAAAUUCACAAAAUGUACUGAAUGACUCAAAAGAACAAAAUGUACUGAAUUACUCAAAUGAACUGAAAAAUGUAAUUGGUACAAGACGUCAAAGUAGCCUACCAAACGACUCCCCGAGUCAUAUAGCAUGGGCCUACUAAUGCCUCGUGCGAACAGAAGUGAGAAUAAACAGAAACAGGAAAUGCUAUAAGUUCAGAGAAAGAAGUGUUUAUAUGUGCGAAAAAUAACGACACAUGAACGUUUAUAAUGGCAUUAAUGACAACCUUGAUGACAACUUGAACUUUUUAAACAGUUCUAUGAGAGCAUAUUCUCCUCAUUUGCUAAUUUUCUAAAAAAUAAGUUAGCAUAUGGGGUAUUUUUUUAAACAAAACCCAAUGGAUUCAGCCUAGCAGGCUAUGUUAUUUCACCUGUCCUUAGAAACUGCGUUGUCCUUAAUUAUAUAAUAUGAACAGAUCGUUGCAAUCAAUUAGACUUAUUUGUGAUUGUUAUUAAGCAAUUAAAUGAUGUUGGACUGAACUGCUAGUCUUUAUGUCAACAACAACAAAUCAAGAUAAAUUUAAAUAUAAAAUAUGGACCAAAUCAGAGUUGAAAAUAUAAUAAAGGUAGCCUAUUGCAAGAUCAAAAAAUGAGAAAGUAGUCAAAAAAAGUGAUGAUAAUAUGAAUAGAGAAUAAGUUAAAUAAAUAUAUAAAUAGAACAAUAAACAAAAUUAAAAUACAAAA